AUGGCCGUGGCGCUGCGGUACUUGUGGCCUCUCCUGCUGUGCAGCCCGUGCCUGCUCAUCCAGAUCCCCGAGGAAUUGAUGGAACCACCUGUCAUCACCGCAGAGUCCCCACGGCGCCUGGUGGUCUUCCCCACAGAUGACAUCAGCCUCAAGUGCGAGGCCAGAGGGAGACCCCAAGUACAGUUCCGCUGGACUCGGGACGGUGUCCACUUCAAGCCACACGAGGAAGUGGGGGUCACUGUGCACCAGUCACCCCACUCGGGCUCCUUCACCAUCACAGGCAACAACAGCAACUUCGCACAGAGGUUCCAGGGCACCUACCGCUGCUUUGCCAGCAACCAGCUGGGCACUGCCAUGUCCCAGGAGACGUGGCUCAUGGCUGAGGGUGCCCCCAAGUGGCCCAAAGAGACGGUGAAGCCUGUUGAGGUGGAGGAAGGGGAGUCGGUGGUUCUGCCCUGCCACCCGCCGCCCAGCGCAGAGCCACUUCGGAUCUACUGGAUGAAUAGCAAGAUCUUGCACAUCAAGCAGGAUGAGCGGGUGACCAUGGGCCAGAAUGGCAACCUGUACUUCGCCAACGUGCUCACUUCGGAUAACCACUUGGACUAUAUCUGCCACGCGCACUUCCCGGGCACCCGCACCAUCAUUCAGAAGGAGCCCAUUGACCUCCGGGUCAAGGCCACCAACAGCAUGAUCGACAGGAAGCCCCGCCUGCUCUUCCCCACCAACUCCAGCAGCUACCUGGUGGCUUUGCAGGGCCAGCCUCUGGUCCUGGAGUGCAUCGCCGAGGGCUUCCCCACACCCAGCAUCAAGUGGUUGCGCCUGAGCGGCUCCAUGCCAACUGACCGCGUCAUCUACCAGAACUACAACAAGACGCUACAGCUGCUGAAUGUGAGCGAGGAGGACGACGGCAAGUACCGCUGCCUGGCCGAGAACUCGCUGGGCAGCGCCCGGCACGACUACGAAGUCAUCGUGGAGGCUGCCCCUUACUGGCUGCGAAAGCCCGAGAACGAGCUGUAUGCACCGGGAGAGACAGCCCGCCUGGACUGCCAAGUACAGGGCCGGCCCCAGCCGCAGGUCACCUGGAGGAUCAACGGCAUCCCUGUGAAUGAACUGGCUGAGGACCAGAAGUACCAGAUCCAACAAGGGCCCCUGAGCAACCUGGUCCUGAGCAACCUGAAGCCCAGUGACUCUAUGGUGACCCAGUGUGAGGCCCGCAACCGGCAUGGCGUCUUGUUAGCCAACGCAUACAUCUACGUUGUCCAGCUGCCGACCAAGAUCCUGACUGCAGACAAUGAGACGUACUUGGCGGUGGAGGGUAGCAGCGCCUACCUGCUGUGCAAGGCCUUUGGGGCCCCUGUGCCCAGUGUUCAGUGGCUGGACCAGGAGGGCAAGAGUGUACUACAGGAUGAGCGCUUCUUCCCCUAUACCAAUGGCACCCUGGGCAUCCACGAGCUGCACAUCAAUGACACUGGCCACUACUUCUGCCAGGCGGCCAAUGACCAGAACAAUGUGACCAUUGUGGCUAACCUGCAGGUCAAAGUUGCCACGCAGAUCACACAGGGACCCCGGAGUGCCAUCGAGAAAAAAGGCUCAAGGGUCACAUUUGCGUGCCACGCUACCUUUGACCAAUCCCUGGAAUCUCGCAUCACCUGGCGGUGGGGCGGCCGUGACCUGCAGGAGCUCGGGGACAGUGACAAGUACUUCAUAGAGGACGGGCACCUGGUCAUUUACAGCCUGGACUAUAGCGACCAAGGCAACUACAGCUGUGUGGCCAGCACCAAGCUGGACACGGUGGAGAGCCGGGCCGAGCUCCUGGUGGUGGGGAGCCCUGGCCCAGUGUCCCGGCUUGAGGUGGUUGACCACCACCUGCUGAAACAGAACCAGGUGAACCUGACAUGGAGCCCCGCUGACGACCACAAUGCGCCCAUCGAAAAGUAUGACAUCGAAUUCAAGGAUAAGGAAAGAGAGCCUGAGAAAUGGCGCAGUCUGGGCAAGGUGACCGGAAACCAGACCUCCAGCAUCCUCAAGCUGUCGCCCUAUGUCCACUACACCUUUCGGGUCACCGCCAUCAACAAAUAUGGCCCUGGCGAGCCCAGUCCGGACUCCGAGACUGUGGCCACACCAGAGGCGGCCCCUGAGAAGAACCCCAGGGACGUGAAGGGUGAAGGGAACCAGACCGACAACAUGGUCAUCACGUGGCAGCCUCUUGAGUGGAUGGACUGGAACGCGCCACAGCUGCAGUACCGCGUGCAGUGGCGCCCACGGGGCUCCCGCGAAUCCUGGCAGGAGCAGACAGUGGAGCAGCCCUUCCUGGUGGUCUCCAAUACGUCCACUUUCGUACCGUAUGAGAUCCGGGUGCAGGCGGUCAACAGCCAGGGCAAGGGCCCAGAGCCUCAGGUCACCGUGGGCUACUCGGGCGAGGAUUACCCCCAGGCAAAACCGCAGCUGGAAGGCAUUAAGAUCGUGAACUACAGCACGGUGCUGGUCAGCUGGAAGCAUGUGGAGCCAUCGACUGUCAGGGGCCACCUGCGGGGCUAUAACGUGACGUACUGGUGGUUGGGCAGUCAGCAGAGGCACAGUAAGAGGCACACGCACCGAGACCACGUGGUGGUCCCCGCCAACGCCACCAGCGCCACCCUGGGGGGGCUUCGGCCCUACAGCAACUACGAGCUGGAGCUGCGGGUCUUCAACGGCCGGGGCUUGGGGCCUGCCUCCCAGCAGGUCUUCCAGACGCCUGAGGGAGUGCCCGGCCAGCCAGAAGCGCUGCACCUGGAGUGCCUGUCAGACACCAGCCUGCAAGUUCAUUGGCAGCCCCCGCUCCGCCACAAUGGGGUGCUCACUGGCUACAUGCUCUCCUACCAGCCCUUGGAUGAUGGGGACCAGGACCAGCUGUCCUUCGACCUGCCUAACCCUGACAUGCGCACCCAGAACCUGACCAAUCUCAGCCCCCAGUUGCGUUACCGCUUCCAGCUACAGGCCACCACGAGGGAGGGGCCUGGCAAAGCCAUCGUGCGUGAGGGUGGCACCAUGGCCUUGUCCGGGACCUUGGAUUUUGGCAACAUCUCAACCACGACGGGCGAGAAUUACAGCGUGGUCUCCUGGGUGCCCAGGGAGGGCCAGUGCAACUUCGGGUUCAAGAUCUUGUUCAAAGCUAUCGGGAGUGAGAAGAAGGUGGCGGAGCAGGACGUCAGCUAUAACCAGAGGUCGUACACGCAGCUGGACCUGCAGCCAGACACCGACUAUGAGAUCCGUCUGCUCAAGGAGAGCAGGAUCCUGCACCAGAUGACCGUGAAGACCAACGGCACCAGCCGGGUGCCGCUCUCGCCUGCUGGCUUCGCCACCGAGGGCUGGUUCAUCGGUUUCGUGUGUGCCAUCAUUCUCCUGCUCCUUAUCUUGCUCAUCCUCUGCUUCAUCAAGCGCAGCAAGGGCGGCAAGUAUUCAGUGAAGGACAAAGAGGAUACCCAGGUGGACUCAGAGGCCCGGCCCAUGAAGGAUGAGACGUUUGGGGAAUACAGGUCCCUGGAGAGUGACAACGAGGAGAAAGGCUUUGCCAGCAGCCAGCCAUCGCUCAAUGGGGACAUCAAACCGCUGGGCAGUGAUGACAGCCUGGCCGACUAUGGCGGCAGCGUGGACGUGCAGUUCAACGAGGAUGGCUCGUUCAUCGGCCAGUACAGUGGCAAGAAGGAGAAGGAGGCAGCGGGGGGCCAUGACAGCUCGGGGGCCGCCUCCCCCGUCAACCCCUCGGGGGCUCUGGAGUAGGCCCAGCCCCCCAUCCUGAUGCCUCUGCCCCCACGCCCUCUCCCUGCCCGCCCCCAGCCUCAGCCUGCCCUCUGCCCCCACGGUGGGAGCAGAACUCACUGCCUCAGAUCCCUGCUGACUCCCCAGUCCCCACUUUGUUGCCAAAACCCAGCUGUACCCCUUCUUGGGCGCACUGCUUCGCUCCAGCUCGGGGGGGUCACCCACACAUCAGGAGCCUUCAGGUGCUGCCUUGCCAGCCUUUGAGCAGAGGGAGGGGUCAGGGAUGUCCUCCUCGGCCAGCCAGGCUGGGACAGAACUCGGUGCCCUCAUCAUAUCUUUCCUCUGCUCUGAGCCGGAUGGCACUGGGCAGACAGGCCUGGGCUGCCCUUGUCUCACGCUCCCGCUGCCCACGCACCCCGCGGCCAGCUUUCAGGAGCUCCGUCCACACGCUGCCUUCGGUACCCACCAGACAACAUCCAAGUGGCCUCCAUGUCACCCCGGCCCCUCCCAGCCGCCACCGCCCUGCUCCCCUCGGCCUCCUGCCCCCCAGAAUGUAAAUACAUGUGACCUUGAACGUUUGGUGUCUCCCCGUACGCCAAUAGUGUGUAGGCAGAUGUCUGAGUCUCGCGGUGCUUUCUAGGUUUUAUAGCGAUUAGCUGUGACAUUCCCAUCCCAGGACAAACGCAGCUAGGCCGGCCCUGCGUGCACGGCUUUGUUUGCGUGCUGGGUUGGAGCCCUUGACAAAAGGCAGGAGAAUAUAUAUAUAUAUGUACAGAAAUAGCAGAAUUCUAACAGCGAAUAAAAACCUGGAAACAAGCA